AUGGCAUCUACAUCUUUAGCGGAACAGCUACAGAAGCUUUCAGUGCCACAGUCUGCCAUUUAUAAAGAUGAUAAGAAAAAGGUAUCAUUACUCUUUAACCCGAAGGAGGCGGCGUUGAAAGACCGCGAUACAUAUUAUGAAAUCGGCCUGAGUGGUCUUAAAGAAUUGAUCGCUUUGUACGAAGGCUUUCGAGUAUUUGAAGACUCCUUGUUCAGUGUUUCGUCAAAAGAUUUCGAGCGAGCCGUCCAGAGUAAAGAAGUAAACGAAAAUUUAGAUCAAACUAUUGAAAAAUUUCUCGUACAACUUUCGCCAUACUUGCUUUUGCAAUCAUCACAUAAAGCAUUGGAAUGGCUUGUGAAUAGAUACCAUAUACAUGAAUAUAAUCAAGAUGCCAUCAUGAUGCUAAUUCUUCCUUAUCAUGAAACAAAAAUCUUCAUCCGUUUCAUACAAAUUUUUAAAUUGUCAUCAACGUCAAAUAGGUGGAACUGGCUGGAAUCAAUUCAGAAACGUAGUGUGCCCCUAACGAGACAGGUUUUAUACAAUCAAUGUGUCUCAAACACGUCAACAUUACUAUUCAUAGCUAAAACUGUUUUGAAAUAUGUGACAGAGUUUGGAGAAAGGGCCACACAAUUAAACACAGUAUAUGCUUUCUUCUGCUCGGCAGCAAUUGGUACUAUCAACACAAGUAAAUAUGUCACUGAAUCAAUAAUAAAUGCAUUGCUGCCAACAAUUGUGGUAGGCCUAGAAUCUUCAGUAAAAGACUUUAGAUCUUCAGCUUACGUUAUAUUGGGAUAUUUAUCCACAAAAGCUACAUUUAAAAAGAAAACCAUAAAUGAACUUAUUGUUCGACUCAUCAACACAAGCUCCGAAUUUGAUUUGUCGUAUGACGUUGUCAUGCUAAUUAAUUUAAUUUACACAAAUCAGAAAGCUUUAACAAGGAUGUCUGAAGAAAUACUGAGUAACAUAUCUGUUGAUGUAAUGAAUGACUUUUGUAAGCAUUUGAAAAAGUUAGUUGAACUUAAAAUUAGUAUACAACAAUUUAGCUUUGUGUUUCUCUCCAGCGUGUUACCGAUUAUUCAAGGUAAUACAGAAGAUUGUCGAAGAUUUUGUAAGCUCCCUGAAAUAUUUAUUGAUGAAAUUGAUUUCAAGACUCAGCAGCCUGAAAAGGUUAUUAGAUGUGCUCUAAAUGCAUUGAAAGCUACAAAGGAUGAAGUCAAUGAUGAUGGAAGUGAUGUAGAAAUCAUAGAUGAAAAUGAAGAUGAUAUUUCAAAUACAAUACUGUCGUGGUAUUCACAGUUUUUGAAGAAUUUAGAAACUAAGUACCCUGAAGCUUUUGACAAAGUGAUCAAGAGUGUAAUGGGGUCUGAUAGCAAAAUGUCUUCUAAGGCAAAGGCUCAGUUAUCCAAAGUACUAGGAUUUAAACCAGCUGUCGCCCAUAAAAUAGGUGGUGCAUAUUUAUUUGAAAAUUUGAAUCAUAUCAAUCAAGAACUGAGAUUAGAAGCUGUAAAUUAUAUUGCAAAAGAAUUUAAUUCUUUAAAACUGGAGAAUAAAGACUUUCUUAAAGAUUCUAUCAUAAACAGGUUAAAAGAUGAUAGCUCUGAUGUUGUUUUAGCAGCUUUAAAAAUUUCGAAUGAGAAUUACGAAGAAUUGUUAGAUGAGCACGACUUGACAAACGUAUUUGUAUAUAUUGUUUCGAAAAAUUCAAAGAAAUGGUUGAAUGUGAUAAAAAAUACUGUCAUUAAAUUUUGCUCACUAGAUAUUUUCCCUGUGAAUCAUGAAACGGUGCUAGCCAUAAUGCCACACAUGUUUCCUAAAGAUAAAGAGUCUGCAGAAAUCUCCUAUAAAAUACUACAAUCACUGUGGGGCAAAAAAGUUGGUUUGAAAGACAAAAUGUCUGCAUUUAACAAUUCUUUCAAACAUAAUCACGAAGCAAUCAAUAAUUCAGUCUUUGAGGUUUUAUUCAAUGAAAAGGCUAUAAAUUUUGAUGAUAUUCUUGAUAUUAAUCUCUUGAACAAGGAAAAUACUACAGAUGUAUGCUUUUUCAUGCUCCUUAAAUCAUGUUCUCUAAGUAAAUCAUCAGUUUCGGAAACUGCAGCUGUAUUGAAUCUUUUAUUAGAAGCAGUCGAGAGUAGAUUAAUAAUUCCAAGCUCAGAAACUUCCAAGUUCUCUGCUGAUAUAAUGACAGAAUUUAUCAAACUUUCAAAGCAAAAUCAAAUAGUAUUUGAAGUUAUGGAAUAUGUCUUGUAUAGUGUAACAGAACAAGUAAAUCCAGAUGUCAUAACAAAACCAUGGUGUAAUUUACUUAAUUCGCCAGAAACUGUUCUUGUCAGAAGAUUAUAUGAAAUAUUUAUAACUGGAUGUGGAAUUUCAUCAUAUAGUGAUAAUUAUACCAAAUUGCUGCAAAAACUUUUAGAGAUAACGUUAAAAAAUUCAAGAGAGAGAUUCGAAUUUGUAGCUAAUUUCGCUUGUGGACAUAUUUUAUAUGCUAAUGACCCGAAAGACGUAAUAACACCAGAACUUCAACUCAGAAGCCUUAAGUUAAUGAGUAACUUUUUGUCUGCACAAAAAAAUGUCGACUGGAUUUAUGAUUCCGACGUUUUUAUUUUAACAAUUCUGUUCGAUUUGAAUAAUCCUGUUGCGCCAAUACGACAGUGUGCUGUUGAUUUGAUAAAGUUUGUUUUGGAAAACGCACCAAACAAAAAUUUGAUUUACGUGCAGUUAUUAAAAGAAUUAAUCGACCACGAACAUGAGCUUAUAUUAGAUUAUGAACAGCUUCCUCAAGUACUGAAGACUAUUCUUACACAAAAAUCUUUGGGCACAAAAAUAUUUAGGAAGAAUUGUUUGUUAAAGUUGACAUCAAUUCUCAUUGGUGAUACACCAUCACACAUUAAAUCGGCUCUCGUAAAAGUUCUUGCGAAUAUUAAUAACGAAACUACUUUUACUCAUAUUAUUCCAGCACUUGAUAACAUACAGAAGAGAUUAAACCAUCAUGAACUCGAUAAAAAGUUUGCUUUCGACAUUUACGACUCCAAUUUAAUAAGAACUGUAUAUUUUCAAAUAAACGAGUCCACUGUAUCUACUUUUAACAAAGAACAAGUUUGGAAUUUAAUUGAAAUGGGAUUGAAAGAGUAUAGAGAGUGUGUUCUCGAAGAUGAUCUUUCUUUUGUGUGUCCAAGUAUUUUGAUAAUGAAACAAAUCGACGAAGAAGUUUUUAAAAAUGUACCUGAAGAAAAAUCGAAGGAUUUAAUCAAACUGAUAACUUUGGCUGGGACGGUUAGCAACAAUCCAAGCAUUUCGAGUGUAGCUUCGAAGGUUAUGAAAAAGAUCCAUUUACACUUUAAAGAUUUUAAACCUAUUCUUGACAAAAUGCUAAAUGCAGUUGACCCUACAGCUAAUUUACCUAAAAAGAAGAAAGCUACUGUAUCUAUGCUCUCUUAUCAACUAGCGGAAACAGAUGAUUGGCGUCUGGGUGUUACUAUUCUUGAAUACGUCCAAAGUAAGAAGAAAAUGACUGUCGAUAGUUCAUUUGUUGCUAUACUCUUUCAAUUGCUUAAUAAAUGCUUGAGAUUCGAAGAGCAGUCUUACGUAGAAUACACGAAGCAACUCAUACUAUCGUCUCUUUGGUAUUUCUGUAAGAAGUUUGUAAAUGAUGCAGAUAAGGAACAAAUCAAGACGAUUAAGAAUAUUUUCGAUGUUGAAACAGUAGUACAGUGCAUAAGAGGAACACAAAAUCCACAAACACAACAUCAUGCCUUAAUACUACUAUCUCACGCCGCUUAUAUGCUGCCUGAACACGUUCUUCACCACACUAUGGAAAUAUUUACGUUUAUGGGAUCGUCUGUAUUAAGACACGAUGAUGCGUAUAGUUUCCAAAUUAUUACAAAAAUAAUUGAAACUCUUGUGCCCAUUUUGGUAAAAUUAGAUAAGAGUGUGGAAGAAUACACGGAAAAGGAACUUCAACAACUACAAAAACGUGUGGUUCCAGUUUUACGCAUUUUCGCAGAUGUAGUUUUACACGUACCAGAACACAGAAGAUUGCCACUCUAUAAAAAACUUAUUGAAACUCUAGGACCAAGCCAGUUCCUUUGGGUAUUCCUUGCUUUAUUGCUUGAAACUCAUAUUGCGCACUUUAAUGAUUCUAAGAAAAAAUAUAAGAGACCGCCAAGAACUUUAGCCGAUCAAGAAUCUCCGAUAAACAGAAUGGACUUCGGGCAAAGUAUUUUGCUAGAAUUUUCGCCUGAAGUUUGUUUAGAAAACUUUAUCAAACUAAUCACAUAUAUGAAAUCGUUGCCGUUACAAAAAGAUGAAAAGGCUAUGGAAACCAAUGUGGAUCCUAGUGACAUUUUCAGUAUUAAUGCCCAUACUCCGAUUCAGUUAAGACAUUAUAAAUAUGUUAUUGUAACAUUCAUGAAUACAUGUUUAUCAUCCUCGAGAUUUAUUCAACAUAAUAAUUCCGCUCUUGAUAUCAAAACUAUGGAAAAUCAUUAUAAGACUUUAAUCAUUAACAUAUUAACGUUUAUUCAGAGUAUAUCAAAAGUUGGUGAUGAAAAAACUGCAAAAUAUUGGCGCGUAAUGCUACACCAUAGCUACGAUUUGUUAGAUCAUACUAAUAAUUUAUUAUCAGCCCCUAUGUUCUUGUCUGUCGUUCGAGGACUACUCAAACACACGUUACAAACUGUUCGAAGAAAGGCUAUGGAGUUGUUAAAUUCAAAAAUCCAAUUUAGUCCUGAAAUGUUUGCAGAUGUUGACAAAGAAUUACUUUUCUCAUUACUACCAGUUCUUUUGGAAAUCGUGACAACUCUGGAGAAUACUAAUGAUGGCUUAGAUGAAAUUGAAGCACAGGAAUUGGAACUUAAUCAACAGACAGCACUUUUGUCAUUGAAAUUAUUGACAAGAAUGCUAGCUUCCGAACAUCCGGAACCGUUCAAGCCAGUUUUAGCCACGGUGACCGAUUACACAUGUAAUGCGAAUAUUCCUGGCAAUGUGAUGGCGUCUAUUGUACUGUGUUUAGCUGAACUAUGUGGAAAUUUGAAGGCACACGCUCUAAGUAGUCUAAGAAAAUUCAUGCCUGCUUUAAUUAAAGUUCUUAAAAAGCAACGUAAAGCGGAUACACCAGAAUUGAUCUUAUUGAGUACAGUGACAGCUAUAUCGAAGAUAGUUGAAAGUCUUCCGUUAUUUUUGAGUCCAUAUCUAGAAAAGAUUCUUUAUGAAUACGCAAUAUUACUGGCGAAGUGGCAAGCUGGAGACCAGGAAUGCAGCAAAGUCUCAGCUAUCGUAUCUAAAUUGGUAAAUAUAAAGAAAAAGAUUGCUACUUCGAUUCCUCCGAGAGUACUAAUACCAGUAGCCAACGAGACUCAUAAAUUGUUAUUGGAAAAAGAUAACUUUAACGCAAUCGGUCCAGUUAUGUCUGUUUUGGCAGAUAGUUUCGGAAAUGUAACUACUGCUGAUUUCAACGCUCUGCAACAGGAUUUAACGACCUUUUUCUUAUCGGCUUUGCAAUUACGAGGAGAUGCCUCAGAUAAAAAUAUUGACGCUAAUGUAAUUGACGCAGCGGAAGACGAAAUUGUGAAUGCAUUGGUAUGCCUCGUACUCAAAUUGUCUGAAACUAGCUUUAGACCUUUUUAUUUCAAGAUUUACGAUUGGGCAAUACGAACUAAUAUUGAAGGACGCAAGGAAAGGACCAUCACGUUUUAUAGGUUAAGCUGUGCAAUAGCAGAUAAAUUAAAAGGGCUCUUUGUAUUAUUCGCUGGUCAUUUCAUCAAGAAUGCCGCUGAGCUUCUCGACGCGUGUAAUAACAGCAAAAACGAAGAGCUAUUCUUUGAUACGGAUGACAAAUGUAUUUUAUUAAUCAAAUACAUUAUAAAAACGCUACACAUUGUAUUCUUGUAUGACAGCCAGAGUUUCUUAAAUAAAGAUAGAUUUGAAACUCUCAUGCAGCCUGUUGUCGAUCAACUGGAGAAUACAGUAGGUGGAAUAGCAAGUCUUAAAUCGAGGUCCACGGAAUAUAUAAUACCUUGUAUAUCUCAGUUUGCUGUGGCUAUUGCUGAUGAUUCGCUCUGGAAAUUGCUCAACUAUCAAGUUUUAUUGAAGACGAGACAUAAUGACGCAGAAAUAAGAUUGGCAGGCUUAGAAUGUCUUGUGGCCAUGGCGUCACAAUUAGGAAGCAACUGGCUUCCGCUACUAGCAGAGAGUGUACCGUUCCUUGCAGAGUUACUUGAAGAUGGAGAUCAAAGAAUAGAAGUAGCAACCAAGAAUGCGGUGCGAACGCUGGAGCAAAUCCUAGGCGAGCCGUUAGAGAAAUAUUUUUAAUUGUAAAUUUAAAUUGAAUUACAUUACUAAAAAAUAACUAUAUUAUAA